AUGGAACUGCUUGACAAACGAUUUUAUCCACUAUUCCGCAAUCUGAACGAAAGCCAUCAGCCGAGUAAUGCCAACUCAGCACAACAUUCACGUCAGGCAGUCAAAAUCAUUGCUUCAUCGAACUUCCUGAACGAUUAUGACGAGUUGAAAGUGCUCGAUACGAANUUCAGGAAACCAGUUCUAGCUGGAUCAGUGAGCCGUCAGCGAGCACUUGAAACACAACCGCCAACUCCGGAACACUACUGGGAGGUUGGCAUGCCCGAUCGAACGGAACAACAACAUCUUGGACAAAUUCCGGAGAGUGAUUCACCGUUCACGUCGAACACACGCCAUCCGCAUUAUAAACAUGUUGUGAACACUAGUUUUCAGCAGAUUCUCUUUCCUAACUUCUCAUUUUAUUCUCAUUUUCGCUUGUUGUCCAGUAAUCCAAUUCUACUUUUUGGGAACUUUUUUCCAUGA